CCUCGAAGAGACUUAAAGAGAUUUGGAUGGGAGUCACCGGAUGGGCCAGAGAGAUGUACAUCUCGAUUAUCUGACUUUUAUUCCGCUCGUGAGACUUCCCGGAGCCACCUCAGGGAAGAGAGCAGCAGGCUUUCUGAAAGCCUGGAAAUUGCAGUGUUGGAAGGUUCCUCUUUUGGGCAGCCGUCCUGAGAGACUGGUUUUCAGAAGUCAUUCCAGAGACUGUCACUGGGUAAGCAGUCAGUCUCCGUGCGGUGACGGAGGGCAGGGGUGUCAGAACCUGAACUGGGGGACGAACUCAUUGGUGCAUGGAGUUGGCCCAUACGGAGGACUCAGAGCCUCUCUCAUUUCUGGAGAAGCCUCGUGGCAUGGCAGGCUGGAUUCCUCAGGCUAUAAUCCCAUCAAAUGGAGGUAAAAGUUCUCUCUGUUCACUUGGCUACAGGUACCUCUUCUGUAGACCACCAGUGUGUGAAGACAUCUAGGAAGAAUCAAGAAGUGCCUUCACUAAUCCCCAUCUUUCACAUUUCAUUUUAAACUUGCAUUAUUUUAGUCCUUGCAAUCAAUUAAAUGUCCACAGGGUGGUGGUAACUCUUGGUAACCGCCGGAACAGUCAGCCGCGGGCCAGGCUGGGUCGACCACAGGUGCUGCGGAAUGCAUGGGUGUCCGGAUGGCCAGGGAACCCAGUCAUCUGCCGCGUGCCUGCCGACACCCAGCAAUCCAAGUGAAGGCCGCAGAAGCUGCCCUGGAAAUCAGCCGUAUGGCAAUUGAAGAGCAGCUAAAGAUAUGUGGCCACAAGAGGGAUGCUGAUGUCUUUGAGCUGUUUCUUUCUCAAAAGGAGCUGACAGAGGUCAUUGAUCUUUCUAGGUUUAAAAAAUUAAAAUACUUAUGGCUACAUCAUAACAAGCUCCAUGGAAUAACAUUUCUAACCAGAAACUAUUGUCUGGCAGAACUAUAUCUAAACAACAAUGCAAUAUUUGAUAUAGAAGGCCUGCACUAUUUGCCUUCAUUGCAUAUACUCCUGCUACAUCACAAUGAGUUAAUAAACCUUGAUGCAACAGUAAAAGAAUUAAAGGGAAUGCUAAAUCUGAAGACCCUAACUCUCUACCAAAACCCUUUAUGCCAGUAUAACCUGUACCGUCUAUAUAUAAUCUAUCACCUUCCAGGAGUUGAGUUGCUUGACCGAAAUCAAGUUACAGAAAAGGAAAGAAGGUCAAUGAUUACGCUUUUUAACCAUAAAAAGGCUCAUAUUGUUCAAUCAAUAGCAUUCAGAGGAAAAGUAGAUGCCUCAUGGGAUCCUCGAUCACCAUUUAAGCAAAAACCAGCACAGAGAGUACCUUCAGACUUUGCAUUUGCGAAUAAUGUAGACAAAACUAUGUUUGAUGACCCAGAAGAUGCUGUUUUCGUAAGGUCCAUGAAGCGAUCGGCAAUGUCUAUCACCUCUCUGAACUGGGACACGGUGCCAACACGAGGGGAAAAAUACCUUGAAGAGAAAGACACAGGGCCUGCCCAAAUGCUUACAGUCACACUGAGAUAG